CAAUGGGCCUUUCUUGAAGCAAGAGAAACCACAAACCGGGUGAUAUGCCUUUUGACUGUCGCACAGUUCACAAAUCACGGAUACAAAAUAAAAGGGAUGAAAUGCUAAAAAACAACAACAUGAAACGCCGUAUACCAUAAAAGCCAGAAAACAGUUUUGUGAGAAACACAAAGUGAAAAAGAUGAAGAAUAUGUGUAGGAUAUUGGUGAUAGUUUUGGCGAUGAGUGAGGCGAGAGGCGAAGAUGGAUUCAUGAGAGUUGAUGGAGAGCAUUUGAUGCUAAACGGGAGCCCAUUUUACGGAAACGGAUUCAAUGCAUACUGGUUGAUGUAUGUGGCCUCCGAUCCCUCUCAGCGAAGCAAAAUCUCAUCUGCAUUUGAACAAGCCACCAAUCACAGCCUCCUCAUUGCAAGAACUUGGGCUUUCAGAGAUGCUGGAGACUCUCCUCUUCAGUCUUCUCCUGGCACUUACAAUCAGAACAUGUUUCAGGGGUUGGAUUAUGUGAUAUCUGAAGCUGGAAAGCACAAUAUUAAGCUGAUUUUGAGCUUAGUGGACAACUACAAUUACACAGGAGGAAAGCAGCAGUACGUGAAGUGGGCAAGAAAUGAGGGCCAAAACAUUUCCUCUGAUGAUGAUUUCUUCACUAACUCACUUGUAAAAGCCUACUACAAAAACCACAUCAAAGCUGUUCUAACAAGACAAAACACCAUAAGUGGCAUUGCUUACAAGGAUGACCCAACUAUAAUGGCAUGGGAGCUCAUGAAUGAGCCAAGAUGCCCAACUGAUCCAUCUGGGAAUACUAUUCAGGCAUGGAUAGAAGAGAUGGCUUCGUAUGUGAAAUCCAUAGACAAGAAGCACUUGCUUGAAGUAGGACUAGAAGGCUUCUACGGUCACAAGCAUCAUAAAAAGAAUCCACAUUUCCAAGUGGGGACAGAUUUCUUGAGAAACAAUCAGAUUGCAGAGAUAGACUUUGCCACCGUGCACUCCUAUCCAGACCAAUGGUUAACGGGGGAGAGCGACGAGGAGCAGCUUCUCUUCUUGGAUGAGUGGCUGAGCAGCCACAUCAAGGAUGCAGAGACGAAAAUCCAGAAGCCGGUGUUGUUUGCAGAGUUUGGGAAGUCGUCAAAGGAUCCCGGGUACAGGACUAGCGUGAGGGACGAGGUGAUGGGCGCAGUUUAUGCGGCCAUCUACUCGUCUGCGAGGAGAGGAGGAGCGGCUGCAGGUGGGUUGUUCUGGCAACUGCUGAGUGAAGGGACGGAGAGUCUUGGAGACGGGUAUGGGAUCGUGUUGAGCCGGAGCCCCUCCUCCACGGCCACCCUCAUUCAGGACCAGUCCAACAAGCUCAACCAGGUUAGACUCAUGUACAAGGAUCACCAUUUCACCAAUGGAUGAUGCCUCACUUGAAUCCAUUCAUCUACGAAUUUGCCAACAACAAUGCUAAUCACCUAUUUGUUGUUUAGUUUUUACAAAGCAUUCUUCAAUCCGAAGAUAUCUUUUUCCAACACGAGUUUGGAAUUUUAUGUAUGCUUACGAAGAUCUAAAGGGGGAAGCUUGCAUGUUUGUUUGCGAUCGCAAUAUCCCCUCCAAAUUUGAUCACAAAAUUUUACAUGAUGGUUUUUCACAAAAA